AUGCCGUCCGCCAUGACCACGAAUGACAUUGGCGGAGCAAGCCCCCUCAACACGAAUGGACUUUGUUUACUGUCCUUGGACGGUGGCGGAGUCAGAGGACUUUCAUCAUUGUACAUUCUCCGGGAUAUCAUGGCGCAGCUAAACUAUGAACGCGUUGAUGAGGAACCUCUCAAGCCAUGCGAUGUUUUCGAUCUGAUUGGAGGUACUAGCACUGGCGGUCUCAUUGCGAUAAUGCUGGGAAGACUUGAAAUGGGAAUUGAUGAAUGCAUUGCAGCCUAUAGCGAACUGAUGCAUUUGAUUUUUGGCCAGAAAAUGAACAAUCUUCCAGUUGACUGGGCUGGAAACAUCCGGGCACAAUACGACAGCACCAAGCUCAAACAUGCAAUUGAGCACGUGAUUGAGGGCGCUGGUGUAGCACCGGAUGCACCGAUGAACAAUGGACAAACUCGCCGCUGCCGAGCAUUUGUGUGUACUACAUCGAAGGACACUCUACAGAUCGCGCGAUUACGAAGUUAUGAUGUGACAAACGAGGACACGAUUCCCGCGACAAUCUGCGAGGCAGCUCUAGCAACAUCUGCAGCUACGGGUUUCUUUGAGACAGUGUCCAUUGGAGAGUAUAAGUUUGUGGAUGGUGCUUUCGGAGCGAACAACCCGAUGGAAGAGGUGGAGGAGGAAGCUGCCGAUAUUUGGUGCACCACGAGCCGGGAAUUAAGACCACUGGUGAAAUGCUUUCUAUCUAUUGGUACAGGCGCCCCGGCAAAGGCACCCAUUGACGAUAACAUGCUCAAAUUUCUCUCAAAAACAUUGGUCAGAAUGGCCACAAAACCAGAAAGUACGGAGCGACGUUUCAUGGCUCGAUGGAGCAAAGAGCUCCGAGAGAAGCAUGUGUUUCGCUUCAAUGUUGAGCAGGGACUCCAAGAUGUUCAUAUGACGGACUAUCAAAAGCGCAGUGCCAUUGAAUCGGCAACAUACGACUAUUUACACCAUUCGUCUCAGAAAGGCCGUGUUCGAGAUUGUAUUGUGAACCUCCUGGGCAAAGAAGGGAAGACGGAUAUUGAUUUCGACAUAGUUAUGCGUGCGUACGAAACUCAAGAACUCCGAAGUCAAGUCAUCAAAACGAUUCAUUCUUCAAGCGCCUCAUCCGUCCCUGGUAAAGAGCCAUGCUGGAUAGUUCCUUUCGAGCGAAACCAUCGGUUCGUUGACCGAGAACUUCUCGGAAAAAUAAAAAGAAAACUAUUCCUCGGCCGCCAAAUGCAAAGAAUUUCCAUUGUUGGUCUUGGAGGGGUAGGCAAGACACAGAUCGCCUUGGAGUUGGCUUUCCAAGUGAAGGAAAUAUAUCCGGACUGCUCCAUCUUUUGGAUUCCUGUUGUGGACAUGGAGAGUGUCCAGCAGGCUUAUCAGAACAUUGCAUCGCAGUUGGGUAUUGAAAUCCCGGACGAGGAUGAAAAGGAUGUAAAGAAAGCUGUGCAACGACAUCUCAGCCGACCGCAGAGUGGACGGUGGCUUCUCAUUUAUGAUAACGCGGACGAUUUGAGCAUGUGGUCGGAAGUAUCGCCUGGUUUGGGUAGUGAAGGCCUCCGGGAAUAUCUUCCAAAGGCAAGCAGUAGCCAAGGGGCUAUUUUGUUCACUACACGAAGUCACAAAGUUGCGCAGUUUCUGGCAUCCACCGAGAUCAUCGAGAUAGCAGAGAUGGAUGAGCACAAGGCUACCAAGGUCUUGAAGAAUUUGCUCGUCAACAAGUCCCUUGUCGAUGACCAUGAAAGCACCAAAAAGCUUUUGGAUCGCCUGACAUUCCUCCCUCUGGCUAUUGUCCAGGCUGCUUCCUUCAUGAACGAAAACUUGAUGGAUAUUUCGAGCUACGUAGAACUCCUCGAUGGACAAGCGCAAGACACCAUCGACCUUUUAAGUCAAGAGUUCGAGGACGAAGGAAGAUACAAAAGCAUAAGAAACCCGGUUGCCACGACAUGGCUUACGUCUUUUGAUCAAAUUCGGCGGCAGAACACUUUGGCCUUUGAUUAUAUGGCCUUCAUGGCCUGUAUCAAUCCAAAAGACAUACCUGUCUCGCUGCUUCCGCCGGCAAGUCCUGUUGAGAGAGAGAAAGCACUCGGCCUAUUGUGUUCCUAUUCUUUUAUUCACUCACACCACUCCGGUUCUCGUCUUGAUAUGCAUCGCCUCGUCCAGCUUGCAACCGCAAACUGGCUCAAGUCGAUUGACUCUCUUCACUCCUGGCAUGUCUAUUCUCUGGGUCAUAUCAGCAGGCAUUAUCCAGCAUAUGAUCCCACGAGGCGAAGCGAAUGGCGUGCAGCCAUGCCGCAUGCCCUCCAGAUUCUUCAUCUUACAUCAAAUGAGCUGGCAAAUGCAGAUACAGUAGAUUUGCUGUCUACGAUUGGAUUCUGUAAGAACGGUGACGGGAGAUACAAAGAAGCCAUUGAGAUUCUUACUUCAGCCUUGGAGAAUUCAGAGAUCAUAUUUGGUUACAACCACGACCGUUCUCUCAUGACUCGUGGAUAUCUUGCAUCCUCCUAUCAAAGCAUGGGGGAGUUUGAAAAGGCAACGAAUAUAUAUAAAGAGAUUCUGGAGUAUCAAAAAUCCACAAUUGGUCUUGAAUGUGUUGAAACGAACCGAACAUUGCUCAGUCUGGCCAUUGUUUAUCGAAUGAGAGGGAACCUUGAAAAUCGCGAACGGGGCGUACAAAAGUCGGCACAAAACCUGCAAAAGGCCGAGGAGCACGGCUCUCAGGUGCUCAGAUACUACUUGAGGACUUUUGGCCGAGAGAACGGCGACACUUUAUCUGCCAUUUUUACUCUUACCCAGGUGUACAUCGCUCAAGGGCGACUAUCGAAUGCCGAAGAGCUAGCUCAACAGUCCCUGGCUAUCCAGAAGAAGAUCUUUGGGCCAGACACUCUCGGCACAAUUUCUGCAAUGACUACUUUGGCAGAUAUAUACAUGCAAAGAUGGAGGCUCGAAGAUGCAGAGCUUUUGUAUGCAGAAGCGUUAACGAGAUCGAAAAAGUUCCUUGGUCUUGGGCAUCCGACUAUCCUCCGGGAUAUGCACCAGAUGGCAUUGGCAUUGAAGUUACAAUAUAGACAUUCUGAAGCUCUUGCUUUGAUGACUGAAUGCGUUAGUCUUGGAGAGAAGUCGCUCGGCGCAAGUCAUUACACCAACGAACAGAGCCGAGAAUUUAUCCGAGACUGGACGGGUCAGAGUAAUCCUGGCACUCGCCUCAAAUCCUAUUUUGUUCAGCUGGAGCGGUCCAAUAUGAUGCUGAAGCGCCGGAGGUAUUAUCCUAAAGUCAAGAUUCUCGGUGGCCUUUACAGCGUACGAAGGGAGCCCAAGGAUGAUCCAAUCAUUCGUGAGAUCAAAGAUGCCGUGAAUUACGUACCAAUCCAGACACACCCCUCUAGUGGCGAAGUCACUCUCGUGGAGGACUCUGAUGUCAGAAAGCCUUGA